GCUCUUCUCUCCCUUAAACCUCCGGAAAACCCCCUCGAAAACCCCUCUGCAUUUUCCUCUUAGAAGCAGCAAAAAUGGCUGUUUCUCAUCUCCUUCGGCUCAGGUGUGCCUCGCAUAUCGCCAGAAUAGGAUCUGUACGGACGAGAAUGUUGUGCUCUUCGUUGGCCGCCUCUGAUGGAAGCAGCGAGAAGGAUCCACAGCCGAAGAAAUCUGAGCUUGCCAAGCAGCGAAAAACCGAAAUUGUGGAGUCGUUUGUUAGGAAAUAUAUGGAGGAAAAUAAAGGUAUGUUCCCCAAAACAAUUCACGUUCACAAGGAAGUGGGCGGUUCAUGGCAUAGCUUGAAGGGAAUGCUUGAGUUCAUAAAGGAGAAAUUGACAGGAAAAUCUGAAGAGCAAAAAUCCCCUGAUGAAGCUAAAGUUUCUGGCAAUAUUAUGUCACACAGGGUUGAUGAUAGUAGUGGUGAUGGAGCACAUAUUCACCAGCAUGCUGACAAAGCAGAUGCCGAGUCUGUUCCUCACAAUGUUAACCUUCCUAUAAAUUCAGAACCAGAAGUUGGUACAAAGAUUGAAUCUGUUUCUGACAAUGUUAACCUUUCUAUAAAUUCAGAACCAGAAGUUGGUACAAAGAUAGUGUCACAGACUGUUCCAGGAUUUGUGCAACAACUGCAGAACUGUGAACCAUCAAGAAAUGAUAGUAGUAAUCAGAAAACGGAAAACAAAGAUAUAUUCUCAGGAAUUAUAUCAGUCAUUAAGGUUAGGAAUUCAACAAGAUUGGAUGAAGCAUCGCCUUCUAAUACUUUGGUUCCAAGUGAAGAAACUAAAAAUUUGCUGGACAGUUCUAUCACCAGUUUCCUUGACAAGUCAACUGAACCUUUCCAUGAUGUUUCUGGGGAUGCGAGUUCUGAUAUAAAUGGAUUAAUUGGUUGCCUUAAGGCCCUUCCUCAGGUGCCCAUUGAUAGGCCUAGGGAAACCAAGAUUUGUAACAAUGGCAGUGAAGAUCGGAGUGGCAGAUCAGUAAUUACUCCAAGUUUUGAGAAGAAAGAAGGAAAUGCAUCUCCUUUACACCAUCUCUUCGUGCCGGUAAAGAAAAAUUCUCCACAUUCUGAAGUUGUACAGCCUGUGAGAGAGAAGGGUAAUGUGAAUCAGCAGACCAGGAAUGGUGCAAAUUCGUUUGAGAAGGAAUCUCUUCAAAACAAAGUGUUAGUGAGGUUUUUGCCUAAAUUUGUUGAACAUAAAGACAUUGCUCAGGCCUUCAGUGAUAUUUCAAAGGUUUUGGUAUCCUCUCCAAUAAGUUCUUCCUAUGGUUCUGCCUACGUUUAUUUUAAGUCUGAGGAAGGAAUGAAAAAAGCUCUUGAAAGAACUGAUGUGCAAGUGAAAGGUUCUACAGUAAUUGUAGGACCAGCAACUUCUACUCCAUUGAAAGGUGUGCGGAGGGCAUCCAUUCCAGAUUUGAUUGGUCUCCCUGAUGUCCCAGCCGCCUUAGUAAAGAAUCCUAAGCUGACAGUUAUGAUCACUGACAUAGCCCGUGAGACAAGGUUUCAUCAUAUCCAACACGCUUUUUCUUUCGCCAAAACCAAGAUCUCCCAAGUGCUCUUUGGUUCGUCCCAAAACGUUGCUUUUGUUGAGUUUGAGACAGAAGAAGACAAAGAGAAUGCUCUUACUCGACACUCAAUCAAUGGACUGGGAAGGAAGUCAUUGAUCUGUAGAGUGGAUGCACCAAAAACCACUGUUGUAAGAAUUUCAAACUUUGUUUGGUCAUCAAGGGAAGAACUACCCGCCCUUUGCAAAUCUUUUGGGAACGUCAAGUCGCUUCAGCGCAGAAAUAGAGACACAACCGAUGUGCACUUCCAUAUUGCUGAAUGGCCAAACAUGGCAACAAUCUUGAAUAGGCUAAACGGAACUGAAAUCGGGGGUCAGCGGUUGAUAGCUCAACCGGCACCAGUGUACCCUCCAGAUGUUCUUGAAGCUCUAUGGAAUGAUGGGGAAGGGAGACAACAUUUGAGGAACACAUUCCACAAUCUGCUGAAAAACAUCAGUGGGAGCAGUCCAGUUGGUGCUGGAACAGAAGAGGUAAUAGAUGGUCUUUUUGAGGAUAGAGUGAGAAGCUAAUUGAAUUUCCUUUUAGCUCCUUGAGUAAAAACAUGGGAUUCCCCUGCCCUAUAUAUGAUCUAAGACAUCCGUGAUUUUGCCCUUGCAAAAAGUCUAAUGUAGGACUCUUAAAGUAAAAAACNUAUGGAAUGAUGGGGAAGGGAGACAACAUUUGAGGAACACAUUCCACAAUCUGCUGAAAAACAUCAGUGGGAGCAGUCCAGUUGGUGCUGGAACAGAAGAGGUAAUAGAUGGUCUUUUUGAGGAUAGAGUGAGAAGCUAAUUGAAUUUCCUUUUAGCUCCUUGAGUAAAAACAUGGGAUUCCCCUGCCCUAUAUAUGAUCUAAGACAUCCGUGAUUUUGCCCUUGCAAAAAGUCUAAUGUAGGACUCUUAAAGUAAAAAACAUUCUUUGCUGGG